AACAUAAGGCACCACACCACCAACACCGGGCUCCAACAACAUCAUGGCAUCAACCUCAAGCGAUUUCAACUCCGAUCAGCGGCAUCAACCACUGCGAUUAGCGACCAGGGAGCAGGGAGGGAUCUUCGAACCCAGCGAUCAGCAACCAGGGUCCAGCCAGGGAUCUUUGAACCCAACGAUCAGGGUCCAGCGAUUAGCGACCAAAGUCCAGGGAAGUGCGAACCCAGGGAAGUGCGCACCAGCAAACUCAUCUCCUCCCUUUAA